GUUAGGUUCUCGGCUCUAACUUCAGAAUCGAAGAUAAAAUUGUUUAAUUCUCUCUCAAUUCAAUUAUGUUUACUCUUUCAGGUAUGCAACAUAUCCACCUGAUUAUGGUUAUCCUCAGACUAUGUAUAACCCUCAUGUUCAGCAAGCACAAUAUUAUAAUCAGUUAUAUGGGAGUUCAUCGUCGGCCAUGGCCAAUCCAUAUUACUACGGAUAUUCCAUGCAACCAAGGGGGACGUUUUCUAUACCCCAGGCGCAACGUAUCCAAGGACCGUCUUAUCUGUACUAUCCCACGCAGAUGGAGGGCUCCAGUCCCACCUAUCCUCCGCCUCCUCCUCGUCUUCCUUUACUACAGUCAACAAGACGUCCUCUGUCAUCUCCAACUGAUUCACUGGCUCCUCCUCCCCCUCGUCAAGCCUCAACAGAAACAGAAGCAGGUCCUGCUACUUCAGGAAGUGCGACUUCUUAAGAAACUCACUGGAGUAUAAAUUCAUGAUCAAAACUGCUUAUUUGUACAAUUUUCAUUUUUUUUUUCAAAUUAAUAUUUGUUCUCCCCUCUCAAUAAUUAUUUGCAUCAAAUUUUUUAUUCAACCCGCUAACAAUUUAAAAAUGCAGCUAUGGAAAUAUAUGCAUGGCCAUUUUAAAAAAGUAUUGUUGUUAGCACGAAAUGUAGCUUGCAAUUUCAUUUAUAUUCUUUCUUCCUGAGGAAAAAAAUCACCAAGUUUUGUGACUU